UCUCGUUCUGAUCACGGCCGACAGAUGUCAGCGGUGCGCCAGGUGAGUGGGUGGAGGUCGCCAGGCGCCUGGCCAGUCCGCGCGCGUCCUUGCAGGGGUGGACAACCGCAGCCGCACGUCCCGCACCAUGGAAGCUGUGCUGUCGUCGCUCGGGCUCGGCACGCGCUACUGCGUCGUCAGCGCCGACCACGAGCAGCCCGAGCUAUACGCCGACGACAACGAGCGCUGCCCGCAGACGGCGUUCGAGCGCUUCACAGACUUCGGCACCGUGUACGACAAGUUCUCUAGCGGCGAGCGUCCGAGCCUGACGCUGGCCGGGCGCCGGUCCGACAGCAGCGCCGCCCGCCAGCGCCAGCGCAGCUCGGAGCGCGAGAAGGAGAACACCUCGCCCGGCCAGGCGGUGCUGACGCUGUUUGACCGCCUGGCGAUGCGACACAGCAAGACAGAGCUGUCGUCGUUCGAUCGGCAGUUCCCGCUCAGCCGCAGAUCUGACAAGUACGCAAAAAGUGCCGCGAUUAUGAAGUACGAGGAUGAAUCGCGAUGCACAAAAGGAUUCCUGAUGGGUGGCACGCAUACGUCAAACGACGACAUACAUCAAAAUAAUGGUGCUUUAAAUCGACAGAAGAAAGCCCGGACCUGCGGCAGCAUGGAAUAUCAAUUCGAGCCCGCAGUGUGACACAGACGGGGCCGG